UCCCAAAGUGUGUGUGUGUAUAUAUAUAUCUUAAAUUUACAUAAAUUAAAAAAAAUAUGGGAAAUGCAAAAGGUUGUGCACUGCUGUAACUGUUACCACUCUUUGUAGAUUUGGUGUUGUUGGGUAGGCCUCAUUUUUGUCUUCAAAUCCAAGUUCUCAUGCUGCAAAAAAUUGUGUUCUUUUUUAACUGGGCUGCCUUUGAUUUCUUCCCAACUGCACAAAAUUCUGCUGCUUCAACAGCCUCUGCCCAUGGUGGUUCUUGAAUAAGCUUCAAUUCAAGAACUUGUGUUUCUUUUUUGGAGAGAUAGAGAAAGAGUUCACUGAUUUUUAAGAUGGGGGAGAAACCUGAAGUGCUGGAUGCUGUGUUGAAGGAGACUGUGGAUUUGGAGAACAUACCCAUUGAGGAAGUGUUUGAGAAUCUGAGAUGUACCAGAGAGGGGCUUACAACUGCGGCUGCUCAAGAGAGAUUAGCCAUUUUUGGGCACAACAAGCUGGAGGAGAAGAAGGAGAGCAAAUUCUUGAAGUUUUUGGGGUUUAUGUGGAAUCCUCUGUCAUGGGUUAUGGAAGCAGCGGCCAUCAUGGCAAUUGCUCUUGCUAAUGGAGGAGGAAAGCCUCCGGAUUGGCAGGACUUUGUGGGUAUCAUCACCCUGCUUGUUAUAAACUCAACAAUUAGUUUUAUUGAGGAGAAUAAUGCUGGCAACGCAGCAGCUGCUCUCAUGGCCCGUCUUGCACCAAAAGCAAAAGUUCUUAGAGAUGGAAGAUGGAGCGAGGAAGAGGCUUCAAUUUUAGUGCCAGGAGACAUUAUCAGUAUUAAGCUUGGAGAUAUAAUUCCUGCAGAUGCUCGUCUGCUGGAGGGUGAUCCACUGAAAAUCGAUCAGUCAGCUUUGACGGGUGAGUCCCUUCCAGUGACGAAGGGGCCAGGCGAUGGCAUCUACUCUGGUUCCACCUGCAAACAGGGAGAGAUUGAGGCUGUUGUCAUUGCCACUGGGGUUCACACCUUCUUCGGAAAGGCUGCUCACCUUGUCGAUAGUACGAAUCAAGUGGGCCACUUUCAAAAGGUUUUGACUGCUAUUGGAAACUUUUGUAUUUGCUCUAUUGCCGUGGGGAUGGUUAUAGAGAUAAUUGUGAUGUACCCAAUUCAACACCGGGAAUAUCGUCCCGGCAUUGACAAUCUUCUUGUUCUUCUCAUUGGAGGAAUCCCAAUUGCCAUGCCAACUGUUCUUUCAGUUACAAUGGCUAUUGGUUCUCAUCGUUUGGCUCAACAGGGAGCUAUUACAAAGAGAAUGACUGCUAUAGAAGAGAUGGCAGGCAUGGACGUGCUUUGCAGUGAUAAAACGGGGACUUUGACACUGAACAAGCUUACUGUUGAUAAGAAUCUUAUUGAGGUUUUUGCCAAAGGCGUCGACACAGACACUGUUGUUCUGAUGGCAGCUCGAGCCUCUCGAACAGAAAACCAGGAUGCCAUAGAUGCUGCUAUAGUUGGGAUGCUGGCUGAUCCAAAGGAGGCACGUGCUGGCAUUCGAGAAGUACAUUUCCUUCCUUUUAACCCAACUGACAAACGAACAGCAUUGACUUAUAUCGAUAGUGAAGGAAAAAUGCACAGGGUCAGCAAAGGUGCACCCGAGCAGAUUCUAAACCUUGCACACAAUAAGUCGGACAUAGAGCGCCGGGUUCACGCAGUGAUUGAUAAGUUUGCCGAACGAGGUUUAAGAUCGCUUGCCGUGGCAUAUCAGGAAGUUCCAGAAGGAACGAAAGAAAGUUCUGGAGGCCCAUGGCAGUUCAUUGGCCUCAUGCCUCUCUUUGAUCCACCCAGACAUGACAGUGCAGAAACUAUAAGAAGGGCACUUAAUCUUGGAGUAAAUGUCAAAAUGAUAACUGGGGAUCAGCUUGCGAUAGGAAAGGAAACAGGACGAAGGUUAGGAAUGGGAACAAACAUGUAUCCUUCGUCAGCUUUGCUGGGACAGAAUAAGGAUGAAUCAAUUGCAGCUCUACCAAUCGAUGAGCUCAUAGAGAAAGCUGAUGGUUUUGCUGGUGUCUUCCCUGAGCACAAAUAUGAAAUCGUAAAGCGUCUGCAAGCUAGGAAACACAUAUGUGGAAUGACUGGAGAUGGAGUAAAUGACGCUCCUGCUCUGAAGAAAGCUGAUAUUGGAAUUGCUGUUGCUGAUGCAACUGAUGCAGCUCGUAGUGCUUCUGACAUUGUCCUAACUGAACCUGGCCUCAGUGUCAUCAUUAGUGCUGUUUUAACCAGUCGAGCCAUCUUCCAACGGAUGAAAAAUUACACUAUUUAUGCUGUUUCUAUUACAAUUCGUAUUGUGCUUGGUUUCAUGCUGUUAGCGCUGAUAUGGAAAUUUGACUUCCCGCCUUUUAUGGUCCUUAUCAUUGCAAUACUCAAUGAUGGUACCAUCAUGACCAUAUCAAAAGAUAGAGUGAAACCAUCUCCUCUGCCUGACAGCUGGAAGCUUGCUGAAAUUUUUGCGACUGGAGUUGUUCUUGGUGGUUACUUGGCAAUGAUGACAGUCAUAUUCUUCUGGGCAGCAUACAAAACCGAUUUCUUUCCUCGUGUAUUCGGGGUGUCCACCCUGGAGAAGACUGCCCAUGAUGACUUUAGAAAGCUUGCUUCAGCAAUAUAUCUUCAAGUGAGCACUAUCAGUCAAGCUCUAAUAUUCGUUACAAGAUCCCGGAGCUGGUCGUAUGUCGAGCGUCCCGGUCUGUUGCUGGUAGCCGCAUUUGUGAUUGCCCAACUGGUCGCUACUUUGAUUGCGGUGUAUGCAAACUGGAGCUUUGCGGCAAUUGAAGGAAUUGGUUGGGGUUGGGCUGGAGUGAUCUGGCUUUACAAUAUCAUUUUCUAUAUUCCUCUCGAUAUUAUCAAGUUCUUCAUCCGCUAUGCUCUCAGUGGGAGGGCUUGGGAUCUUGUUCUUGAGCAAAGGAUUGCUUUCACCAGGCAAAAGGAUUUCGGCAAAGAGCAGCGUGAACUUAAAUGGGCACACGCACAAAGGACUCUUCAUGGGCUGCAAGUGCCAGAUACCAAACUGUUUAACGAAACUACCAACUUCUCUGAACUCAAUCAGUUGGCCGAGGAAGCAAAGAGAAGAGCUGAAAUUGCGAGGUUAAGAGAGCUGCACACGCUGAAAGGCCACGUUGAAUCAGUCGUGAGGCUGAAGGGUCUCGACAUCGACACAAUCCAGCAAGCCUACACUGUAUGAGAAGAUGCCGUACAUUCGAUGGUCACCAGCAGUUCAACUAGCCUGGAAGUGAAGGUAUUAUCAACUUUCAGCUACGAGUUGUGCUAUGCACUGCAAGUUCAGCAUUUGCUAUGCUCUUUGCAGCUGCAGAAAGUGUAUUUUUAGAAUUAUAUACUUGUGCCAUUAGACUUUGUGUCAUUUCUUGUUGAGUUUAUGUAGACCUGUCAGCGAUUGGACAAACUUUCGUCCUUCUACUGUACAUGGAAUAACAAGUUCGUAAUUAAUUUUCUCUAAAGGCCUAUGCAUAGGCUGCGUUGUUUGGUUUUGUUUUCAUUUCAAUUCAGUUUUUAAGGGAGAUUUGCGUUUUCAA